CUGAUUGUAGUAGAAUGAAAUAGCACAAAUUCUUACUUGGAUAACUAAAAUCAACUAACUUAACCUUUUAUUCUGUAAAAUAUAAACAGAUGCUAUAUAUAUAUAUACUCCUCUGUGUAUCUGGAGAGAGAGAGAGAGAGGAGAAUCCCCAGAUCCGUCAGUGCACCGUCAAAGCUUCUCUGGCUAGCGAUUAUUAAAUUAAUCGUAUUCCUAUGAAUUUCGUCAUCAAUUUGGGCUUCUGAUUUUUAUUUCGUUGCGGAUGGAAAGAUACGGGAUAUUGGAUGAUGACAAUGGCGAACUGGAAUUUCAAUCCAGAUUAAUGGUGGCAUCAUCACCGCCGUCGAGAUCACUGCCGAUUUCUACCUCGCCGUCCGAUGUCGCCGGGUACAGUUACAUAAUACACACCGUUAGCAAAUACGACACUCUCGCCGGCGUCGCCAUAAAAUACGGUGUCGAGGUGGCAGAUAUUAAGAGGUUAAAUGGACUGAUGACUGAUAUCCAAAUGUUUGCUUUGAAGACCCUUAAAAUACCAUUGCCAGGAAAGCAUCCCAUAUCCCCCACCUUGUGCAAUGGCCAAGAGACUCAAUGGCCAAGCAGCCCCAAGCAGGACCCAUCCAGCCGUCGACAAUCUGAUUUAUUUGAUUCGUUUCAGUCUUUAAAAUUAAGUUCUUCAGAGCAUCAUAAAGUCUCACCAGCCAUGAACAUCUUACGAGGUUAUUAUGGUCUCAGACAACCAGAUGAAAAGGCUUCCUCCGAAGGUUUAGAGCGGAAUGGAAGAGCUAACUAUCUUGAGGAUGGGUCAUUUUACACACAUUCAAAACAUCCAUUGAGUCAUCAAAGAAAAUCGAGAAGUGUUGCUAAUAAUUUAAUGUAUGCAAAUGGUGGGCUGCAUAAUUCACUCUUGUCACCAGAAUCUGAAGAUAAUUGCACUAACAAAUGGAUUGAGAAGCUUUUAGGUAGGCGUCAAAAGUCUGAAACCGAACUAGCAUCUUGUCCCCCAGAAAAGCUGCUUAAGGAGGAAAGCAGCAGUAACAGUGGCAUUUCAAGCGGAGGCUUGGCUCUCAGGUCCAAGGCAGCCACCAGAGCUUUUUCAGGCGAAAUAGAUGCUGACUCGGGUGGGCUGAAUCCAAUUUCUUUAAAUUUGGGGGAAUCACCUCAAACUGACUCUGUCACUGUAGUACGGAAGUCAUCAAGUACAUCGAGUUUGAUGGAUACAGAUAUUAGUGCAUUAUCAUCUCUAUGGGCAACAUCCAAGUGGAGUUUGAAGCCAGAUUUCCAGGCUCUCUCUUCUGCUGCCUUGCCUAUCUUUGAUGGUCUGCCUAAGCCAAUGAGCCGGAAAAACAAAGCUGCGCUCGAUUAGUGAGUCCAUUCAUCACUCUAUUCUUUCAUCCACCGUGCAGAAGCUUUUGCUGACGCUGAGAUCGGUAAAGAUGAAUUUGAUGUGAACAAAUAUAAAUGCUUACGACCAUCAGCUACGAAUCUGUCGCAGUUUUGGUAGAAUGAUACUCGAGUCGCCACUCCGAUGGUGUUGAAGAAAAGUUGAUCUUCAUUCACCUGAGGAAUGGGGAGAACAGAAAUGGCUUAUUGUGCUGUGGUUCUGGAGAAUUGCUGCAGCAUGUGUACAUUCUUUUAUUGAACAUUCAUAGAUAGCGUGUAUAUUGGAAAUAGUCACCUAUAUUUUUAUGAGAAGGAGAAAAGAAAAUUAUAUUAUUUGUA